CUGUGAUUCUGUGAAGUAGUGGCAGGAGAUAAACCUCUCCUCGGGUAACAUUCCUACUGCCUGCAGCAGGAAUCACGCUCAAGAGUGGGUUUGACACUACGGAUCAUCUGGUGUCUGCUCAUGAGUUGGUUAUUUAUCCUCUUUAUGCUGACCUCCUGUCUCCCCAGGUGCCGGAUGGGAUGCUGAAGAUGCUCUUUAGAGCUUAUGAGUACCCCAGCAGCCGGGCAUCGCCAGUGUGUUUUAAAGCACAGCACGGCUGAACCGCUUUCCAAACCGGCGGGGAAGGUUCGGGGGCCGGGGGAACGCCACCCUGGCGAACGGGGGAGACUUCGCAAAGCCCGGAGCGAGCCCACCGCCGCCGCCAGUGUUGCUCAGCCCCGGCUCCGGAGGGGGGAAGCCCCGCAGCCCCGGGCGGCCGCCGUGCCCGCACCCCGUCGCGCCCCGCCCCGCCGCGGGAAGGCGGAAGGGUUUCGGGGCGGCCCCGUGAGAGCAGCGCCCGGUGCCAUGGCGCGGCGCCGCCGGCUCCUCCGCUACUGAGGGAGGCCCACACCGGGAGCCGCCAUGACCGCCGCCCUCCGGUGCACCCUUUCCAGCUGCCUCCUGCUCUGCGUGUCCGGAAUAAUUCCAAAACCUCAAAAUGUAAGAAUUACUUCAGUUAAUCUUCGUAGCUUUUUACAGUGGGAUGCACCUCGGUUUCACAAAGGGAACAUAAGUUACACUGUCCGAUCUAAGAGUGUCAAUCUCCCUGGAAACGCAUAUAAAAAUAUGGGCACAAACUUGAGACUCACAGAGUGCAAUGUCUCUUCUCUGUCUGCCUAUGGAGACUACAUCUUACAGGUCAGAGCGGAGUCAGAAAAUAACCAUUCAGACUGGGAGUCCGUCAGUUUUAAGCCAAUGCAUGACACAGUCAUCGGGCCACCUGACGUAAAAGUGAAGUCAGACUCUGGCUCCCUGCAUGUGGAUUUCACAGGCCCUUUUGCUGAACAUGACAAGUGGUCUCUAAAGCACUAUUACGGCUCGUGGAAUUACAGAAUACUGUACUGGAAGAAAGACGGCAAUAAAGAGGUAAAUCACGUAGAUACUGAACACACCUCCGCAAUACUCUCUCAGUUGGAGCCGUGGACGCUGUAUUGUGUUCAAGUGCAAGCGGUUGUCCCCGAGUGGAACAAAACAGGGGAACGGAGCGGGGAGCUGUGCGAGCAGACAACCCACAACGGUGUAACUCCCGUGUGGUUAAUUGUGACCAUUCUUAUAGGAUCGAUGUUGGUGGUUGUGAUAUCUGUUCCCGCUUGUUUCUUUUCCUCUUUGUAUCUGUAUCGACUGACAAAACAUGUUUUCUUCCCUUCGUAUAUUUUCCCACAACACUUGAAAGAGUUUUUGAGCACGCCUCCCAGCAGUCCACAGUUUUUUUCUCCACACCCACAAGAAGAGCAGUUUUUUUACGACACGCUAACUGUCAUUUCAGAAGAAUCCAAAAAUCAUAGUGAUGAGACUGACAGUGAGGCCAGCAAGACAACAGAGCACCUUCAGGACUCUGACCAAGAAGAUUCUGAUUCAAGAAUAGUACCUGCUUCAGAAGAGGCCUAAAUAAAUGCACUCCUCAUACUUCACUUGGACCAAAGGAAAACCAAAGGGGCUGUUGAGUUUAUCUUCUUAUCGCUGCAUUCUUAAGACAGUAAAAAUUCAUAUACAAAGAUGUGUACAGAGACUUUUGACAGAACGAUAUUAUCUUUUUUAAAUACAAGAAACUUGACUAUAAAUGAGGAAUUAAAUUAUAUGCAAUUUUUGCUACUGUUUGUCGUAGCUCACUGUUAAGUUGUAGCAAUACCUAGGACUGCACUAUGACAUUAAUUUAAAAAGCAAAUAUAUAUAUAUAUAUUACUAGUUAAUUUAACUUUGAUGAACUAUUUAUUGCAAAAGCUAAUCAAAAUGGCAUAUUGUAUAACAUUUGUAAAAGAAAAUCAUAUUUUGUAAAGAAAAGACCUGAUCCGACAUAUUUUUUUAAAGGAGAAAUUUUGUGUGUUUCUUAAGGAUAUCCCUACUGGCAUAAUCUUUCUACUGAGUAUUUUUUUUACCUGAUGGGAAAUUGUAAAGUUAUUAUGAUGGUAUGAACUUGGUAUGAAUAAACCAAGUACAAAUUGCA